AGCUUCUCCGACCUCAGGCGUCCCCCGAUUCUCUCUGUCUCCCCCUCCCGUCUCUGCCUCUGUCUCUCUCUUUUUUUUCACUAUUAUUUUCCACUCGCUUCUCGCAGUUUAAAAUGGCGGCGUUGAGCAGCGCCGAGUCCCCACCGCCCGUCUUCAACGGAGACGCCAUGGACCGCGAUCCGGAGCGGGAGAGGGCACUGGGCGAGCUGGCCGCCGGCCUGGAUCCCGUAUGCUCCGGGGGGAUCCCCGAUGGCCACCAGGACAUUCCGGAGGAGAUUUGGAAUAUCAAGCAGAUGAUAAAGUUGACGCAGGAGCACCUGGAAGCUCUUCUGGACAAGUUCGGUGGUGAGCACAAUCCUCCAUCGAUAUACCUGGAGGCCUAUGAGGAGUACACCAGCAAGCUGGAUGCCCUGCAGCAGCGGGAACAGCAGCUGCUGGAGGCCAUUGGCAAUGGAGCUGACUUCCCCUGCCCUGCAUCGUCGCCUGGUCCUGGUCCCGGUCCCGGUCCUGGUCCCGGUCCCGGUCCUGCUCUGCUGGACAUGAGGCUUGGAGGCAUGCAGGGCUUUCCGGCAGCCCCCACCACUUUGGCCGUGCUGCCAACGCCCGCUGACCCCACCCGCAACAACCCCAAAUCCCCCCAGAAACCCAUUGUGCGGGUCUUCCUACCCAACAAGCAGAGGACAGUGGUGCCAGCCCGCUGCGGCAUGACUGUCAGAGACUCACUCAAAAAAGCCCUAAUGAUGCGAGGCCUCAUCCCAGAAUGCUGUGCGGUGUACAGAAUACAGGACGGGGAGAAGAAGCCAAUCGGCUGGGACAUGGACAUUUCCUGGCUCACUGGGGAGGAGCUACACGUGGAGGUUUUAGAAAAUGUGCCGUUGACGACGCAUAAUUUCGUGCGGAAGACCUUCUUCACGCUGGCCUUCUGCGACUUCUGCCGGAAGCUUCUAUUCCAGGGCUUCCGCUGCCAGACGUGCGGCUACAAGUUCCACCAGCGCUGCAGUACGGAGGUGCCACUCAUGUGCGUCAACUACGACCAGCUGGAUUUGCUAUUGGUCUCCAAAUUCUUCGAACACCAUCCGAUAACGCACGAAGACAUGUCCUCAGAGAGCAACACACCUGUGUCGGAGCUCUGUCCCUCUAUGCCGCCCUCUGACUCAACCGGGUCCUUGUGCUACCCCUCCACCUCCCCCUCCAAGUCCAUCCCCAUCCCACAAACUUUCCGUCCUGGCGAUGAGGAUCAUCGCAACCAGUUUGGCCAGAGGGACCGCUCGUCCUCGGCUCCCAACGUACACAUCAACACCAUCGAGCCGGUCAACAUCGAUGACUUAAUUCGAGAUCAAGGGUUGCAGAGGUCCGAUGGAGCCCCCCCGGGCCAACCUGCUCGCUGCUUGAGGAAGCACCGAACACGGACCUCAAGCCCCCUCCUUUACUCCUACCCCAAUGACAUUGUGUUUGAUUUUGAGCCUGGCCCUGUGUUUCGAGGGUCCGCCACGGGGCUAUCGGCCACGCCCCCCGCUUCCCUGCCUGGCUCGCUGACCAGCGUCAAGGCACCGCAGAAAUCGCCGGGCCAGCAGAGGGAGCGCAAGUCCUCGUCGUCGUCCGAGGACCGCAACAAAAUGAAAUCUCUGGGUCGGAGGGACUCGAGUGACGACUGGGAGAUUCCGGAAGGCCAGAUCACACUGGGCCAGAGGAUAGGCUCCGGGUCCUUUGGGACGGUUUACAAGGGGAAGUGGCACGGUGAUGUGGCUGUGAAGAUGCUCAAUGUCACUGCCCCCACUCCUCAGCAGCUACAGGCCUUCAAGAACGAAGUGGGCGUUCUCAGGAAAACGCGGCAUGUCAACAUCCUGCUGUUCAUGGGCUACACCACCAAGCCCCAGCUGGCAAUCGUCACGCAAUGGUGCGAGGGCUCCAGCCUCUACCACCACCUGCACAUCAUCGAGACCAAGUUUGAGAUGAUCAAGCUCAUCGACAUCGCCCGGCAGACCGCCCAGGGCAUGGACUACUUGCACGCCAAGUCCAUCAUCCACAGGGACCUGAAGAGCAACAACAUUUUCCUGCACGAGGACUUGACGGUGAAGAUCGGUGACUUCGGCCUGGCCACGGUGAAGUCACGUUGGAGUGGCUCGCACCAGUUCGAGCAGCUCUCUGGCUCCAUCCUGUGGAUGGCACCAGAAGUGAUUCGCCUGCAGGACAAGAACCCCUACAGCUUCCAGUCGGAUGUGUACGCCUUUGGGAUAGUGCUGUAUGAGCUCAUGUCUGGAGCGCUGCCCUAUUCCAACAUCAACAAUAGGGAUCAGAUCAUCUUCAUGGUGGGGAGGGGCUACCUGUCUCCAGACCUCAGCAAGGUGCGCAGCAAUUGUCCCAAGGCCAUGAAGAGGCUGAUGGCCGACUGCCUGAAGAAGAAGAGAGAGGAGCGCCCCCUCUUCCCUCAGAUCCUGGCCUCCAUUGAGCUGCUGGCUCGCUCCCUGCCCAAGAUCCACCGCAGCGCCUCGGAACCGUCGUUGAACCGCGCCGGCUUCCAGACCGAGGACUUCAGCCUGUACACCUGCGCCUCCCCCAAGACCCCCAUCCAGGCGGGGGGAUAUGGGGAGUUCUCAGCAUUUAAGUAGACGGAUUCUGCCUGUUCAUCCCUCGUCACUUUAAAGAAAACGACUAUAAAAAAAGAACAAACGAAAAAAAAGGAAAAAAAAAGUCUUGUGUUCCUACAGUGGGUCCAUCCAUUACAAACAAAUAGUUACAAAGAAUGUGAUGUUUUCCUUAUUGUUAUCUGAAGAGCAACAGCUGUGCUGGAGCAGCCAAAAAACAGUCUCACUCGAAUGAGGAAGAGAAUAUGGACAAUAUGGCUGAAGGAGAGCGAGGGGCUCCAGAGGCCUGGAUGAGGAGCCCCCUCCGACGCCAUCACAAGGCGGAAUGAAGGACGAGGGGAGUCGACGAUGGGCGAGGGAGGGGGGCAGCUCAGCUGUUGCUGGGGAGAUGCCUAAUCUUGUCCCUCCUUCAUGGGGGAGGGAAUGGGGAGAAGUAUCACGCAAGGUGAGCUGGAGCACGGCAGCCAUUCUUUGACCAAUGGCAUUGAAGGGGGGGAGGGAUGCAGCAUUUUUUUCUGCCUGUUCAUUGGCUGGAGAAGGGUGAUGGGCACAAGUCACAGCCAAUCACAGGCCAUGGAGGGACACGGGCAGCAGCAAAGCUAAUGGAAGACAACUUGAAUGGUUUUCUUUGUUUCAUAUGGCUGUUUUUUUUUGUCUUCUUACCUUGGUGUUGGGAUUUGGAGACGGACACCGCCGCCUUUUAGACCUUGAGUUUAUUAUUAUUUUUUUGUUUGUUUGUCAGGUUAUGUUGUGAGAGAAGAAUGACGAAUUACAUUCCAUCGCAGGCUAAUCACUGCACUUUUGAUGCGCUAUGAAGAAGCUACAGAAUAAGCCAUCUGUCUGCUCACGGACGAAGGCUAUCAAGUCUCCAAAACCCCCCACCCCCAUUUCCCAAAAUGUGCAUGUCAGUCUGGAAUGCAUGUUCGCCGUGUGUCUGUGGAGGUCAGUGUGAUAACGGGGUGAGUUAUGGGUAUGUAAACGUCGGCGAGAAGGGGCUUUAUCUGAAAGCAGUCUCUCGAUUUGUGAAGUUUCCAGAAAGCCACUGAUGCUUUCGCCAAUAAGCAUGAUCGUCCUUCUUGGUCCGUCUGCCCCUGCUGGCUCUGGUAAGAAUGGAAGUUUGGACCCCGAACAGGAAGCUGUUUUGAAUGAGUCUGUUUUAAUUAGUCUUGCUACUGUGAGGUUUACACUUCUGUCACACAUCGUGCCACAAUAAGCCAGAUUCCUUAAUGCAACGAAUAGUUUGUUUGCGUGUGUCUGUUUGCAAGCUUUUUGUCAGCAGUGCCGUCCGAUCGCCGUGGUUUCCUGCCGCUUUCCGUCAAAUUUUGUUUUCUAAUCUUUCAGUGGGAAAAAAAGAGAUCUUUUGUUUUUUAAUUACUUUUUUUUGUCUUGCCCUGAGUUCACAUGGGUCCCUGUGGUGUGAUUUUUCUCGUGAUAGAAGCGAAGUCACAUCGGAUGACUGUUUACCUGUUAAUCUAGCUGUCUGCUGGCCUCGCUGGUGUUCUGAGGGCCCUCGUGGAGAAUAGACCCCCCCCCCUCCCCAUGUCCCACACCUACAUGUAUUCACAUUCCAGUGUUUAUGCGUCACAGGUUUUUAUUUAUUUAUUUUUGCUUUUUUGUUUUUCUAAGCAGAUUUGUGGACAGGCCGGCCUGAGAAGAUUAGAUAAUAUCAUUAUUUAUGGGGAAAAAUAUUUUAAUGAUUGUUUUUUUUUCGAGAACUUUUGUGCUUUUUCUUGUCUCCGUAACUGCUUCUCUGUCAGAUGUUUACUUGCACUUUGUAGUAAUGGAUCCAAACAUAUAUGGAACACUUUAAUUUUAUAUGAGCGUGGGAAGCUUCAUAGUAACAUUAACUGCUUAGUCUAAGCCCAAACUGCCAUAUUAUGUUGGCAUGAAUCCCAGACCCUCUGUUUUGCAGGGUUUUGCAUAAAUUCUAUCUGACUCCCCGUUAAGUGGAAGGGAGGGGGGGGCUGUAACGUCAUCACCUGGUGUCGUUCUGUGGCACUGUACUGUGCACCUGAGAGGGAUGUGGAAACACUGGUCUUGCUCCUGCUUAGAUGUUCCUCUCCAGACGUGGUCAUACAAACAUGGACCUUUUGUGUCUGAUGACCUACAAAUAAAACCCAGGGGUUACUGCGAGGUGACUUUGUGUCUCACACCCACCCCCCAUUUCUGUUGCAGUCAUUCACUCAAUUUUUCUUUUCUUCAGCCAGUAGGGGGCAGUGCUGAGCUUUCUGAAUAUAGGGAGUUGGAGGGAGGAGUGGGAACUCUUGGGCUGGGAUGUGAGUCCUGACAGUGCAGCGAGACUUCCGUGCCCUUUGGGUAAAUCAGAAUGGAAUACAGACGACUGGCCAUUUAUAUUUUUAAAGGGGCAGGAGGUCUGUCACGGUGGAGGGAAGGCAGGUCAUUGUGGUCGUGUGUUGCAUUAAUUAUACGUGCGCAUGCAGUUACACACGGCUGGCUCAGUUGCACAGAUGCGCUGAACCUGUUUCGUCAGCAGCGACAGUGCGGUUAGACAUCUUCACCCCUUUGCUAGUUUAACGAUGCACGUUUCCAUCGUAAGUCCAGACCCCCACACAGUGGAUGGGAUUGGCCCCCCAGAGUUCAUCACAGCUGGCAGCCAUGUUCAGCUGAGGUGGGGGUGGGCAGUGGAAGUGGGUAAUUCAGAUGUAGGACACACACACACACACACCUGUUCCACUGUGACUCCCCACCCCUGCUUGCUCAGUCACUUUUUAGCAGCUGGCUACACAUGCUGGACAAACCAUUUGUAAAAAUCUGAUUUAAUACUAAACAUCCCCCUCUGCCUACAAAAAUAACUGAUCUUUAACUGUUAAUUGUCUCGCAGGAAGACUGUAACACUGACCUAUAACAAAUAUAGACCAGGAUCAUAACUUGGCAACUGUGUAAGAGUGGAGAUCCACUGAUUUUAAGCUAGGAGGGGCUUGUGUAGACUCUGCGGUGGGGGGCUCCCCAUGUCCAGUUCGCAAUUGAGGCUUAAUGUGGCACGAGGGUGCCCUGUAGACCCCCCACCCACAGCUGCAGGGAGAACUGUGGGACACUCACUGGAUAGAUAUGAGAUUGACGGAGCCUCUGAUACAGUUACGUUAAUUUAAAUGUACUUUUGAUUUUCCUUUUCCUCCUCUUCAGAGCAGCCUGUACGGAUUAGUGUUAUUUUCAGUUAUAACUGGGUAUUUACCAAUGCUAGUCAAGUUUAAUUUAACCUUGGGAUCUUGUCAUCGGGCUGUGAUCUGUGCUGCUUGAGGCUUCUGGCACCAGUGCUAGAUUCAUGUCUGAAAUUGUCUAAACCUUCCGGUCGAACCUUCGCCAGUGGGUCAGUCCGACAGCAAAGCCAGGUCUGCUUCCUGUGAAUGAGAUGCAUGCAGUUUUUGUUGUAAACCUGCAUUCGGCUGUGUCACUACGCAGGGGGUCAAAGGUCAACUGCUGCACCCCCAUAUUAUUUGUCCUCUUCCUCGCCUUAUGGGAGUGAUCUGUCAUGACCGUUAAAUCUCCGGUCCCUGUGGCUCUGAUAGCCCAUCCCCCCGCAUUCCAGAUGAUCCAGACUGAAGCCAAAUUCAAAGUAAUGUAGCGUCUCCUGGUCUCCAUUCAUCUAUUGGCUGAGCUGUAACCUAUCGGUACUGACGAAUGGGAUCUCAGGGUAUUUCCUCGAUGUUUACAGUGAUUGGUCCUUGAGCUGUAAAAGUACCUGGAUGGCCCUCUGACAGCCACUCACGCUCCACGACACCCCCUCAGACAGAGUGUGGCGGUGCUUAUGGGUAAUGGCCAGCGGCUCGUCCUACGAAGGACUCUUUGGGGAGACGUUGACGGCCGCAGCAACACGUUUCUGUUUCGAAGUCUGCGAUCCAUUUUGUUUAUAUAUUUUGUGUUAAGUUGGUGUAGAAUUAGACUUAGUGUUCUUGUUAGCGUGAUGACUGUAAAGGUUGAAAGAACUGGAUUCCCAACUGUAUGAUUGACGAAGGAUGGAAAGGAAAACUAAACACCCCCCCUCCUUUCGUGAAGGCUCGCUCUGCGGGGGGGGGGGGGGGGGGGCCGGCUGCCCGCUUGCUGCGGUCUGUACUGAAGGCGACAUCCUCGCUGACCUAUUUAUUUUCCACGUCCCCGUCCGGGCUGCUGUGUUUGACGGCGUGACAUUAAAAUCAUACAAUAUAACAAACUGCAGAACACGCGCGGAACUUGUGUUUUAAGAUGGCUGUAUUUAUUUUCUAUAAAUAUUUUAUUUUUUAAAAGGAUGUUGUUACAGAGGUUUAUCUUUUAAAGUGAGCGUGGACCAUAGAGAUUAUGGAGUAAUUUGGUUUCGACUUGAUUGUCAUGUUUGACCCCUCCCUCGCUGUCUUUUUUUUUUUCUUUUAAUUCUUUUAUUUAUCUGUGCUGUCAUCAUGCCCUUCCUUCACUUUAUGGUCCCUCUCUGUAUCCCGGAUCUGUAUCCACCAGCACACACCACCCCCCACCCCCCCCCUUCACCUGCCCGCACCUCUAACUUUCUCAUCUAAGAACCGUCUGUCCCACUCCCUGAGGGGUGACAGCACUUGUAAAUUUGUACAAUAAAAAUAUUGUCAGUUUGCUAGAAGGCAUGGAGACUAAAACAAUGGAAAAAAAAUAAAAGCUUAAGAUGAUAAAGUUUUGAUAGAUGAAAUUCUAAGAAACUAUUUCAGUGUAAAAAUAUUUAAGACUGUAUUAUAUUAAAAGAAAAAGAGGUUAAUGUAUUUGUUGUGAAUAUGAGAAACUGAUAUAUUAAAGUGCAUGAAACAUU